AGGGAGGCCGGGAGAAGGACGCAGCAGCCGGCAGAAGAGCCAGGGUGCCGGGCAUGGGUGUCACAGGGUGGGCUCCCACCCGUCUCUGCCGCCUGGCCUGCCUCGUGGGGAUCUUCCUCCUCCUCCUCCUCCUCUGCUUUUCCAGCCUCCGCCUCCAGCUGCCGAGCUCCACCUGCAUUUGGGGGGUCCGUCCGUGCCGCUGGAUUGGGGGGGUGCCGCCCAGCAAGGAGGAUGCAGAGAGGAAGCCCCCUCCUUCCGCCUCGCCCCCUUCCGCCGCCACCGGGGCCGCCCUCCUCCCGCAGACCCCAUCCAAGCCCCAGGACCUGGGCGAGGGCUUCCAAGUCGGACGUCUGCAGAGGGCCUUCGCGGACAGCCUCACGCCCAGUGGGCAAAUCCUCAUCCGGGAAUACCUCAGUGGCUGGAAAGAGCUGGUCAAGUUCAUGGACUCGCUGGGCGCCGCCUUUGGCCUGAUCUCCGGCGAGACGCGCACCAAGAUGGCCAUCCUGCAGGAGAACCAGCGCGGCCCCCACGGAGCCCACUACCGCACCGUCCAGUCCAUGGUGCGCUUCGAGCUGGCCCGGGGGCUGGUGGGCUUCCAGUCCCUGCCGGCCGGCCGGCCCCCAUCCGGCUGCCGGACCUUCCUGCGCCUCCACCGGGCCUUGAAGUGGCUGGAGCUGUUUCUGCUCAAGCUGGGGACCAGCCCGGAGGACGCGGACCCUUCCCGCAUGUGCGCCGACGCCUACCAGGAAGCCUUGGCGCCCUACCACAGCUGGUGGGUGCGCCAGGCGGCUGCCCUGGCUUUCCUGGCCAUGCCCUCCCAACGCGAACUCUACCGCAUCCUGAACGCUGGAGGUGGGGACGAGGACAAGGGCCUCCGGAGGCUCCUGGACACCGUCCACAGCAUCGCCCACGUGUACAACGCCACCCAGGAGUUGUAUGCCGCGCACGGGAUGCUGGCGCUGCCCUGAGGCCUUGGCUAACAGCGCUGCCAGAGGAGAGGCCCCUCCCUCACUGCCCCUCCUCCAAGGGAAAACGGGGGGGGGAGCAGCGGGUCCCUUCCCUGGCAGCGCUUCUUGGGACUUCUCUGCAGAGGGCACCCAGUCCCAGGGGGACCAAGGCUGGUAGCACCAGGCGAGGGGGCACUGCAUUGCCAGGCGGACCCCCGGGAUGCCUUCCGGCUCCAGGAUUCCUUGGGAGGUUUCCAGCAGAGCUUGGGGGGGGCACCUGCCAGAGAUGCUUCAGCUGCGAUGCCUGCAUUGCAGGGGGUGGGGCAAGAUGGGCCCUGGGGGUCCCUUCCGACUCUGCAGUGCCAGGAUUAUUCGGUGGGGCAACUUGCAGCACGACGCCUGGGGGAGGGUGUUUGGUGGGAAGUGCCAGCAUCGCAGCCCCUGCUCAGUCCCCUAACAUAGCUGUUGACCAGGGAGCAGAACGAAACCUAAAUGUCUUUGUGAAGGGGAAUUAGAUGCUCGUGGCUCCCUCUGCUGGCUGCUCGGAGCAUCCCCCCUCUAAAACCUGCAAGCUCCGCUUCCGCAGCCAAAAGCCCAGGUUUUAGGCAAAUGCGGAAGACUGAUAAAAAAUAAAAGUAUUCCUCACCUCA